GGCUGUAAGGCGAUGUCAUAGUGCUCCAGCAACUGUGUGAGGCAGGAGCGCCCUCUGCUCAACCCGUCUUCUCCAAGGUUAUGGGCACACCGUGAAUAAAGUCCGAGUGGGAACGAGCUGCGGAGUGUGGACGAGGUGGCGGACUACCUGGCCACGGAGGGCACCUGCAAGUGUGGCCUCCAGUGCCCACUCCGCGUCGAGCACACCUUCAACUUUGACCCCAAGGCGGCGUCGCGGCCGACGCUGCUGCCGGAGCUGGGGGCCGGGGACAUGAGCAAGCUGUGUAACCACCGCCGGAAGCUGGCCAUCGCCUUCACACACCACCUUCACAAUAAUGCUAAGAAAGAGGAUGGAAGAAAAAAACGGAAACGAAAAACAUCAGAAGUGGUGGAGACGCCCACGCCCUUGCCUCGAGUGCCAGCAUCAUCUCCAUUGAUCCGAGGGCCAUCAAAUUCAGCACAGAUGACCCGAGGACCAGUAACACCAUCACAGAUGACCUGUGGUCCUCACAACGCUGUACAUAUGACCAGAUUACCUUCACCUGCCCAGAUGGUCUGUGGUACACCAACACCAACACAGAUGCCACGAGGGGCACCCCCACCCUCACAGAUGACGGCUCAGUUCAAUCCUCAACAGCAGCAGCAACAGCAGCCGCAACAACAACAGCAGCAACAGCAGCAACAACAUCCCCAUGCAUUCCAACAACAGCAGAAUUGGGGGAUGAUGGGUGGCAUGCCAGGGAUGGUAGGUGGUGGUGGAUACAGUGCCAGGCCUGGUGUUAUGAGCACUCCCCAAGGAUGUAAUCACCACUACCCUCAGCAACAUUGUCCUACCUCUCAUACCUGCUGUGAUAUCCACAACCAUUUCCCAGUGAACAUGCCACCAAACAUGAAUGCCAUGGGAGGACCCAACAUGGCCCCAACAAUGGGACCUGCAAUGCGUCCGACUAUGGCCCCAGGCUUUGGAGAGAUGGUGCGUCCCAACAUGUGUCGCUCUGGAGAUCCUUCCAUGUUUCGUAGUGGUAGGCCUCAAGGACAGAGCCCUCUUCAACAGCAGUCACAGCUGCAUCUACAGCAACAACCACCUCAGCAAAUGCAGCAACAACCACCUCAGCAAAUGCAGCAACAACCACCUCUGCAAAUGCAUCAACAACCACCUCAGCAAAUGCAGCAACAUUCUCAGCAACAACACCAGCAGUCAGUGCAACAUCAUCCACAACAGCAAGAACAGCGUCAGCCACAGCAACAUCAGUUGCAGCAACAGCAGUCACAACCACACCAACAUCAACUUCAGUUACCUCUGCAGCAACACCAGCAUCAAUUACAACAGCAGCAGCAUCCGCAGCAACAUCUGCAAACUCAGCAAAAGGGGCAAUUACAACAACAGCAACUGCAGCAGCAGCAGCAGCAGCAGCAACAGCAACAGCAAACAGCUCCACCACCCCCACCACCACCUCCACCACCACCACCUUCAACAAACAUGAUGGGGCCUGGACCACAUAUGAUGGCAGGCAUGAGAGGAGUUGGACCACAUCCAUCAACUUUUAUGAACAACAUGAUGUGUCGAAUGCCAGGCUCUGGAAUGAUGCCUCCACGUGUACUACCUCCUGGCACGAUACCUACACCUCAGAGUUCAAAUGAGCAACCUUCAGUUCCUGCAGCAUUUUGGGAAGAGGGAGAAAAGCGACGCAAGACUGGAGGACGACCAAAAAAGCGCUUCAAAGGUGCUAUAGAACGAUCGCCACCAUGUCCUAACGUAGAUGUUCGAAAUUUGCACAAUGACCAUUGUGGUCCUACUAUGAGUGGCCAGGGUGGGCCAGGCCCUCCAGCUUCUGGCCCUUCUUUCAUGGAUGAUCCAAGUGGAUAUUUAGCACAACAAACGGCUCUACUCAAUAACACAAUGGCCGGUGGAGGAAUGGGCCAGUUCUCACCACAGGCGCCUGGUAUUUCACCUAGACCACUUCCACCACCCCAAUCAGUCCCACAAUCUAUAGCAACAGCAACUGGAGUUGUGGUUAUGUCUCAGCAGCAGCAUCAGCAACAGCAUCAGCAACAGCAGCAGCAGCAGCAGCAGCAGCAGCAGCAGCAGCAGCAGCAGCAGCAGCAUCAUCAGCAGCAUCAGCAACAGCAGCAGCAGCAGCAGCUUGCACCACAGUCUCAGACAGGGACAAUAACUGCAGCAAAUAACAACAUAGCCCGUGCAGCUCAGAUAUCAUCAUCUCCAGCUGUAGUUCCAUUGCCUAGUAAUGUUCCACUACCAGCAAGAGUUAGUAAAGCUGCCACUCAGACUACGAAUACUGUCAUUACCACACCUUCUGUCCUCCCCAGCCAAUCACCUCACACUAGUGCUGGCAAAACAACCAAUUCAACUUUCUCAACUCCUCUAACUAAUAAUACUGCUGCUUCCAUGCCUCAUCACCAAAAUUCCACAAUGAAUGAGAUUCAAAUUAUAUCAUCAUUUACUAAAGACAAAAAUGGCAACCGGCUAGAGAGCUCUAAUGAUCCAUUGAAUCAGAAUAAUGAUGGAGAGGUUCCUAAUAUUAAUACAUCAUCAAUAGCCAAAGUAGAAUCAAGUGGCUUGGUUCAUACCACUACGGUUACCUAUACGCUCUCGUCAACUCCCACUACUAAUACAAAAGUAACGAGUUCUAUGCCCAGCACUACUCUGGGUGGCUGUUUACUGCAGAGGGAGAAGGAGAGUGUGAUGUGCUAUAAAACCGAAGAUGAUCAACCACAUAAAAUUAAAUGUGAAUCUAGUACACCUUUAGAUAACUUGAAAUCCUCCCCAGUUAGUGCAUCUAGUGUGAGAGAAUCUAUGAAAGUAGAAGCUUGUUACAAAGAUGUUUGCAGUGGAAAGCAAUGUGAAAGUGAGGAGAACAGCCCAGAGCAGUUUUCUUCUGGAGGUCCUUGCACCAUUAAUGAUGGUAUAUCAGCAAAUAAACCUCUUACUCCAGGGCCUCCUGGUGUCAGUACUGGAGGAGGAGUUACACAGUCUCCCUUGGAGAUGGUACAAAGCAUAGUUAGUAGUAUUCCCGUUCCAUCGUCUUUGGGACCUCUACGUCCAGGCUCCCAGCAACUGCCAACUCCGCAAGUGGCGCCUCCUAUGCCUCCUCAGCCACAACAGCAACUGCAACAACAGCAAACUGCAACAGUACCAUUAUCUUUAUCACCUGGCAUGUAUAAUGGCCCCAUUUCAACUAGUGUAACUGUAUAUGGUGGUGGUGGUUCAGGUGGGUUGGUGCGUGCGUCGGGACCUUUGUUAGUGAGUGGUCCAUCUCCUGCUCACUCCAGCGUUUUUGUGACAAGUAGCGGCGGGUGUAAUGGUCCAACAAAUAUGGUGGUAGUUUCAUCCCCUUUCAAUAAUAAAGGAAAUGGAGCAACAGGAGUAGCUGUGACUUCAGGUAUGGCAGGUGUUGUGGGAGUUCAAGCUGCCAUGCCUCAAGUACAGGUUCAGCAACAAAUGACCCCUAUGCAACAGCAUUUGCAAUCUCAAUUACAACCACAAUUACAGCAACAGUUGCAGCCUCAGUUACAGCAGCAACUUCAGCCUCAGUUACAACCUCACUUACAGCCACAGCUGCAACAGUUUCAACCUGUUCAACCUGUGGUGCAACUAGUCAACACCUUUGCUACAAUGCAGACUCCAGUUAUUAUCCAAAAUGGUGGAAAUAUUAUCCAGUCAUCCACAGGUCUUUUGCCUAGCCCAGGUGGUAUGUUGACUGGUCCUAGUCCUCUUGCACAGGGUACCAUUAUGGCUGGUCAAUCUCUUGUUCCUGCCACUGCUACAACACUGACAAUGGAAGGCACACAUCACCAUCACCACCACCACCAUCACCAUCACCAACAGCAAAACCAAGUUGGACAACCACAAUCCUCUCCACAUGUACAAGUGGCACAGGUGGUCACCACUGGACUUAGUGGGGAAUCAAUAGAAGAUGCUAGGACGAGAAACACGUCAACACCACUUGGAACUUCAGGUUCAACUUCAUCAACACCACAUUCAACUCCAGGUUCCACUCCUGGAUCAGACACUGCUUCCAGUGGGGGUUCCUCAGGAGGGCGCCGCCGCAAGCGAAGGCGCAAUACUUCGACGCCACAAGGAUCGUCUACCUCACAAUCUUCACCACUGCAGCAACAUCAUCAGCAACAACAAGGAUUGGUACCAACUAUUAUCAUGGGCAACAAAGUUCCUCAGCAUAUGGUAAUGAAUGGGCCACAUAUGACUCAAGUGUCACCAUAUGGUGCGAUGGGCACUAUGGCUGCUGCUGGACAGAUGGCACAAGUAGCUACAGUCACAAGUCAGGUGGGAGGUGGGCAGAUGCUGCAGGCAGCAGCUGCUCCAGGAACAGGUGCCAUUAAUGUUGUUCAAAUGGUUGGGAACACAUUACCUAACUUACCUGUACAAGUACACAAUCCUCCUGCUAUAGUUGUAGGGUCAGCACCUUCCCAGGGUGUUGUCAUUAAUCAACUUGCAGAUGGUACUUUUAUAUCUACGGAUCCUAAUACUGGCAUGUCGUAUCCUGUCCAGUUACAGUUAUCUGGUGGCCAUAUAGUUGGUGUGACACCUGCUGUAAGUGCUGCUGGUGGGAUGGUGGGGUCACUAACUUCAGCACCAACAGCAGGAGGCAUGCCAGCCAUGGUUGCUGUGCGUCCGCCUCUACCUCAAACUGCUGUCGUUGGUGGAGCCAAAGUGGUGAAUAUUUCUCCUUCAGCAGCAACAACACAGCUAACAGGUGGCGCAGGUGUUCAUGUUCUACCUGUUACAGCAAGUUACCAAGCUCCUGGCACUACCGUCAGUCCUGGCCAGGCAGUGUGCAUGAGUCAAGGGACAACACCAUCUGUGGUAGUGACUUCAGAGUAUGUCAAUGGUCAGCCUAUGGUGAUAAGCGGAAGUGGCUGCAGUAGUAAUACUACAGUAGUCCAGCACAAGACUACAAUAGUUCAGCAGCGUACUACACUUGUUGCUACUCAAAGUGGUGAUGAGAGUGGUACACAUUCCUCUGUAUCAACUCAAACCCCAGGGGGUUUAGGUGAAAGUGAUGUUAGCAGUUCAGACUGUGUCAGCACAGCAGCGCCGUCUUCCCCAUCUCAUCAGAGUGCAGAGAUCACCACUACACGUCACGAUGAGGAUGCAACACCCCCUACAGACCCGCCCCCUCCACUUCCACCACACUCCCUGGACAAGAAUAAGCGUAUCAUCCCAGAGGAGCCUCACAGUGCGUCCACUUCAGUGUGAGAGGGAGAAAUGCUUUGGACAAAGCCAUAGCUGAAGCUGUUCAGGAUAACACCACGCACUGUCAAGAUUAUCAAGCCCCACAGCUAAGAAGAAACAAAACAACAUGUGCGGACUCCCCAACCACUCUGAACAUCGCUGUGGAUGGACCACUGGAUGGACUGGGUAGUGGACCAAAGAACAGAUCCAUAAACAGACAAGCCAAACCAGCCUUAAAGCGCCAGCACAUGCACAUAGCCCACGUUAAACAAGUGAUGUCAGCAGAAACUAAGAAAAGAUUAACAAGUAAGACAAAAUGUCUGACUCUGACUACGGCAUUGCUUGUUCGGGAGUCAUCAUCUUCCCUGCCUCACCAACACCUUCUUCCUGCAUCUAAUUCUGCUGCUGUGACACCACCAAGAAACAGAUCAAGACGAAGGGUCAGGUGACAUGCACCACUUACCACUUUAUAAGCUAAAAUGUGAUGAAAUUAUUUCAAUUUCUUUUUGGAAUAUGCAAAACCUAACUAUAAUUAGCCAUUGCAAAUCGUAAAUCAAAAGAGAUUAAACAAUUUAAAGAUGCACAAGAGGCUCCUUUAUAUUUUCAUAAAUUUCCCCUACAAUUUUAAUUAUAUCCAUACAAAUUUUAGUUUUUAAUUAAUCAAUUUAUGGUAAAGACUUCAUAGCAUUUAGAAAUUAAUUUUUAUCAUGCUCUAAUUACAAAUGUGUGUAAUUUGCUAAAUACUUUUCCUUAAUGCAUAACACUUAACAUUGGAUUAAACACCAGUAUUAAAAGCUAUUAAGCUUAAUGAAAAUUAUCAAUGAGUGUAUUUUCAAAUUCAGAUAAAAUACUGUACAAGAAUAUGGUUUACUGUAUUUAAAUAGAACAAAAUUCAGUUUGCCCUAAAGAAUAUAUUGUUCAUAAGAAUACAUAUCAACAUUUAGUGUAAUUCCUACACAAUGAUAAUCAUUUGUGCCAUUGAUGAUCUCAUAGUUGAUUAGAUUUUGGCCCCACUAUAGGUGAUAGUACUGAUGAGCCUCGCACUAUAUGCAACACAUUUUGAACCCCGGAUUACUUCAUCAUUGCCAUUCUCCUGCGGCACCACCAUACCUAGUCAAGACAAUAUUUGACAUGAUAAUUUUAAUAUAUACUUUCCAAGUUCUCAUCUUGGCUAGGAUACUUUGUACUGAGAACUGCUGAUGAUUUUAAGAAAUGUCCAUUAACCCUCUAGCUACACAAUUAGAUUUCAAUAGUAUGAAUCUGUUUGAGAAGUGUUAUCUUGAGGUUAUCUUGAGAUGAUUUCGGGGCUUAGCGUCCCCACAGCCCGGUCCUCGACCAGGCCUCCUUUUUGUUACACACCCCCUGGGAAGCAGCCUGUAGCAGCUGUCUAAC